AUGGAAAUUAAAGAAACCGAAAGAAACAUCAUAAUCAACGUUGCGGCUGGUGGUGUGUGCACAAUUAACAUUAACCCUGUUAGCCGACCCAUACCACCACCACCGGCACUUGAUGAAGCCUAUGUUCCUCCUCCGGCUAACCCUAAGGUUUAUUUUUACAUGACGGUGGACGGCAAACCGGCUGGUAUGAUCGUGAUGGAGCUCUUUGCUGACACAACCCCGCGGACCGCUGAGAACUUUCGCGCCCUCUGUACGGGCGAGAAAGGCAUGGGGAAGCUUGGUAAGCCACUCCAUUACAAAGGAUCAAUCAUCCACGGCGUUGAUCCAGGUUAUAUGAUUUCUGGAGGAGAUAUCAUCGACGGAGGGAAAGGAAACGGAGGCGAAUGUAUCUACGACAGUAGGUUUUUCGAGGUUGAGAACUUCAUCAGGAAGCACGACGGUCCAGGUGUCCUCUCCAUGUGGAACCGUGGUCGAAACAGCACCGGAUCUCAGUUCAUGAUCCACGUGAGGGCGAACCCGGAUCUGGACGACGAGUGUGUUGUGUUCGGCCAAGUUGUUCAAGGUAUGGAUGUGGUCACUAGCAUUAUGGAUAUGAGCACGAGUACUUCAGUGCCCGUUGCGGUGAUCUCCAACUGCGGUCAGAUUUCAUAG